AUGGCUUACCAAAAAUAUAGCAGUAUUAUUUAAAACACCAGUUUUAAUACUAGAGAAACCUUAUUCUAAAGUUUUUUAGUGUUUCCACAAAAGUAUUCUUUGGUUUUAAAAAUAUAUGCAAUAGAGGUAAUUUAUAGCAUAAUAACAUAAAAUAGAAACAUCACUAUAAGUUGAUUUAUUUAAUCUAUUUGUAAGAAAAUGAGGAUUAAUAAAAUAUGUAAUUAAAAGUCUUAAUUUUUAAGCAGUAGAAUUCAUUUCAGCUAUAAAAUGCUAUGUAUAGUAUUAUUUUCAUUAUCAUUAUCAAUAUAUUGAAUUUUUUAUUAAAAAUAUUUAGAUUGAUAAUGGAGAUAAAUUUCAAAAUUUUCAACAAUAUCUUGCAGCAUCAUUUUCUGGUAGAAACAAUAAUCCAUGUAAAAGAUCUAAUAAUAUUAGAGUUUCACCCUCUUAUCGAUUAGAAGUUGUUCCUCAAAUUUAGAUGCCAUUUUCAGAGAUAGAGACAUAUUUUAUUAGGAUCAAUUUUAGGCUAUUCAAAAUUUAAAUAGUGAUAGAUGAUGUCAUUGUUUUAGUCAUUGAUGCAAUUUCUCUAAUAGAAUGUUUCUUCUUUCAGUUAAUUAAUCUAACACUUUAAGCAUCAAGGAUAACCUAAGUAUAUACAGAUUUUAAUGGAACAGUAGUUUCAUCAAAAUUAUUUGAACUAACUAACAUCUUCUAGUUGGUGAUUCAUUCUAAAAAAUUAUCAAUCAAAAAUUUAUACCCAAACUUUUAUCUUUCUAU